CAGAAUCUGCACCCCAGGGUCUCCAGCAGCAUUCACAGCAAGUGAACAUAUGACCGAAGCUUGUCAGUGUGUCACAGUGUGCUGAACUAAAUAGCUCCAAGACGCAGCUUCAGUAAAGAAGGCGUUCAGUACUUCAGGAUGUCUGUGAAGCUGCUCGGGUAUCUCUGCUUGCUGCUUGUUCUGUUGUGUCCCAGCUGGGCCAAAGAAAAAAGUGUCUCACAUCUGCUCCCAACUGUGACCAGUGCAUUCAGUCUGGCCCGGCGUGUGCUUGGUGCACCGCCCCUACCUCUAACGUCCGCUGUCAUACCUUGAAGGGGCUGCGGAGAGCAGGCUGUCCUAUAAGUUACAUUUAUGAUCCUCAGGGCAGUGUGCAGGUUGUCAAAAAUGACAGCAGUAGCACCGAACCAGCAAAUGCCGAGGCCCUGUUUCUCCAGCCUCAGGAGUUCUCCCUCCGUUUGAGGCCGGGUGUGAGCCAGUCCUUCCCUCUCACUAUCACCAUGCCUACAGAGCAGCCUAUCACAGAGCUGACCAUGGACACAAGCCCUGUGCCAGCGAGAGUCAACAUCACAUUCAGUAGCAUCAUGAACGGAAACCCUCUGGUCGUACAGGUGACUGUUGAGGCUGCCCGCUGUCCCGGUCAGCAGGGUGACUUCAACCUGAGGCAGAACAGGACUGGGCCCUGGCCUGUCCUCAUCACACCCAGAGGCUUUUCACUGAGUGUGAAGUUAGAGAUAACUCUGGAGUGUCAGUGCGACUGCCGAAGAAACCGUGAGGAAAACAGCCCUAGCUGUGGUGGCCAUGGGGCUCUGGUGUGUGGCCAGUGUGAGUGCCCCGAGCCUUACGCUGGACAACAGUGCCAGAGAGACAUCGACUCGUUUCAGUCACGAAAUGAAGACUACUGUCGCUCAGGCCCGAAUGCCCCUGUGUGCAGCCGUAGGGGAAAAUGCAAUGAGGGAUUCUGUGAGUGCGAAACGCGAGCGAACCCGAAAGAAAGAUACAGCGGACGAUACUGCGAGUGCAGCAACUUUGACUGUCCAUACUUCAACAGCAGAAUAUGUGGAGGCCAUGGGAAGUGCGAGUGUGGGAGGUGCGUAUGUGAUGACAACUGGACCGGUGAAGACUGCAUCUGCACCAUGGAAACUGAUUCCUGUAUGGCAAAAAGCCAGAAGCUGUGUAACAAUAACGGGGUGUGUCAGUGCGGACUAUGUAGAUGUGAGACACCAUACAGAGGCCCGACCUGUGAGGACUCCCCUUUUUGAGUGGGCAGUUGUCAGAAGUGUGUCGGGCGUUCGGGACGGGAGCGAAGAAGAAAAGGUUACAACUGUUUGCUGUUAAUACAGGGUGUUAUGGAAUGAAACGAAUAAAAUAAAGAUAGAAACUCAACGUGCAAUUAGAAGAUUUCUAUUACGACACCACAACUCCCUCUUGCUGUUUUUAGCAUUAAACCUGGCUAAAAUUAUUAAUUCCUUUUCUGAACCUAAACCUUCCAAAAUCUUUUUAGUACAGUCACAUAAACUCUUUAAAUGACAAUGACAACUUGAAUUUACAGUUACUGUAUUAUGCCUCAGACACUUACUGUUUUGUCAUAUUUCUAAUUUCAAAACUAAUUUCUCGUAGCAUGGAAUAACCACAGUAGUUUGUUCAUGAAUUACAGAGCAACAAUACAUAUUUCUUCCUGUUUCGGAGUAUCAAACUGCAACUAAACUACACAGUAGUUUAACUUCCAGCAGGCAUAUUAUAGUCUUGAAUUUACUCAUUUCUCCCACUCAUCAUCAAGUGUGAUUAAGAGUGUGACAACCUCACUGUGACAGUUGUGGGGAGCAAAGAUGAAAUGCCUCAACCAGGAGAAACUAUUGAAUUCUGUAAAAUGAUGAGUCGUGAAGACUCUCGUUUCUUCUACUUCACCUUCUCCAGCACGCCCUCUUGAGGACAAUCCACUAUGGUGCGGGCUAAGAAAUGUCCUAGCGUGCUGUAGAGGGGAUCCUAUAUAUGUUUUAAUUAUAGAAGGAAACUAAGUAAGUAAAAAUAUUUCUUACCUUAAAAACAAGGUGAAAAUGAUAUGUGGCCUGCAUGAAGUACAUUUUUCCGGUUCUCAUUAUUUUAUUUUACUGUGUCAUCCUCUUGGCCGCAUCAUAUUAUUGUUAUUAUUAUUAAACUAUUUUUUUUUAUUUUUUUUAUUAUGAUCAAUGGUUUGAAUUAGAUUUAUGGUGACAAAAUGUUUCA